AGUGCGAGAGCUUCCCUCCGCGAUUCCUCGGCUUUCUCGCGUCGACGUCUCUACCGUCGCCUUAUCUCCUGCGCGCCCGCAGCCAGAGAUAGUAAUCGCCCGGACUUCGUAACCGCGAACCACCGCCGACCAGACUCACGCCGCCUUUCGUAGCCUCAGUCGUCACUGCAUUAGUUUUAGCACACCCGGCGGCAGGCCGCCGCCGGCGCCGUCACUGAGUGACAGAUCCGUACAAGGAAUCAAGGCUGGCUUCCAUACCCCGCUGCGGAAGGACGCUCGCCAUGCGACGCCCUAUCGGCGGCGCGGACGGCGCCGGAAGCCGGCGCGGGCUCGGCGCGCUGUUCAUGCUGACGUGUCUUGCCGCGGUUUCCCCCGUCCGCAGCCGCGUCCCUUACGCCGCCUCCCAAGUGCAAGUCCUCCUGGAAUUCCAGCGGGCGUGGGGGCGGACUUUCGCCGGGUGGGUGGCUGGGGGGAACUGCAGCACUGCCGCGCAUGUGACAUGCGACAGCCAGGGAAUGAUCACCAGCAUGAGUCUACAUUCUCAAGGAUUAGACGGGUACAUCCCAUCUACUAUCGGCAGCAUGGUUGGCCUGACUUACCUGUGGUGGAGUGGAGAUUCUGACGAGUCCUUCGAAAUGCGACCACCUUAAAAUCGGGGGAUCUGGGUUACAAUGCCCUGAUUGGAUCUAUUCCAUCUACCAUUGGCAACAUGAGCAGCCUCACCUACCUGGAUCUUAGAAGCAAUUUGUUGACUAAUUCUAUUCCAUCUGCAACCAGCAGCAUGAGCAGCCUCUCAUUUCUGUCAGUAUAAUUGCCAACGGUCAGUAUUCAUGCGAUGGGAACACAACUGAACCUGCAUGAUUGGCUUUAGUGGCACUGCUACAUGCUUUUCACUGAAACAAAAGGCUGUCCCUCACUGGGUUGAGAAGUAACCAACCAACGCAUGUUUUCUGUGCGGUCUUCUACACAAUUUUCACCAGCUUCACCAAAAGGGCAAGCAACUGUGUCACUCUGUAAUGCCCUUUUCAUCUCCUCCUUUCAAUGAAUCCUCCCCGUUCCUUCUUCAAUGAAGUAACCCAUGGAACCCCUGCUCUGCACACACCAUUAGGGAUCUGGCCAACAAUGGCUUGACUGGGUCUAUUGAAUCUACCAUCAGCAACAUGAGCAGCCUCAGUUACCUGAAUCUCAGAGAAAACGCUUUGACUGGGUCUAUUCCAUCUACCAUCGGUAACAUGCGCAGCCUCACUUACCUGAGUCUAAGCUCGAACUUAAUCUCGCAGGACAUCCCACAGUCCUUUGCGAGCCUCAUCAACUUGAGAACAUUUGAUGUCAGCGAAACCAAUCUCACUGGCCAGCUCCCUCCAACAAUGGGCAGCCUUACCAGUCUUGUAGACCUGGGCAUAUCUGGAACUGCAAUCACAUGCCCACCUGACAACAGCAGCUGUGUGGUUCCGCAGACACCUUCAAGCGCUUUCUGCCGGAGAUGCUUCUCCUUCUGCUCCACAUGUGCUGGGCCAGCACCACCUCCUGCCGCUUCCUCCGAGUCUGGAGGAGGCCUUUCAGUAGAAGCCAUAGCUGGCAUUGCUGCUGGUGGCAGUGUGGCUAUCCUCGCACUGCUGCUGCUGGGGCUGGUGCUGUACAAGCAAUGGCGCAUCAUAAGGGCAAGGGCCGCAGCAAAGGGAUGUGGAGGAACGAAUGUGGAUGGGGAGAACUUGGCACCAAAAAAUGCACUUCAAGGAGCACACCAAGAAAAGCAGGAUGCAGAAGCAGGAUGGGCGGCAGCAGCAGCAGCAGCAGCACGAAGGGGACAGGAUGAUGGUGCUCUGGUAGAUAGGGAGGCAGCACGGCCAGAUGUGUGUCGGGAGUACUCUCUUAAAGAGCUGGAACAGGCGACAGCAGACUGGGCGGAGGGAAACAGAAUUGGCAGCGGCAGCUUUGGGGAUGUGUACAAGGGUGUGUCACCCCACGAUUGCAACCAAGCGUGGGCAGUCAAACGAGCACGAGUGCUCACCAACGAUUUCCAAACAGAGGUGAAGGAGAUGUCAAGCAAGCACCAUCCCCAUCUUGUGCGGCUGUUGGGCUACUGCAUUGACUUUGACCCCGCCACGCGAAAAAUGGAGCAGAUAUUAAUCUACGAGCUCAUGGAGAACAAAGACCUCGAGAGCUGGAUCGGUGCAACCGGUGUUGUCUCCAACCAUCUUUCUCUACAGCAGCGGCUGGACGUGCUGGUUGGAGCGGCGAAGGGGCUGCAGUACCUGCAUGUCUUUGGCAUUGUGCACCGCGACAUCAAGCCAGCUAACAUUCUGCUCGAUGCCAAGAUGCAGGCCAAGGUUGCAGACUUUGGGCUUGUGAAGCUGAGUGGAGGCACUUCCAUGGGCACCUCGACUGUGGCUGCCACUCGAGUGAUGGGAACACCGGGCUAUGUGGACCCCGCCUACUACAAGUCUCACAAGGCCACUCCACCAGCUGAUGUGCACAGUUUCGGAGUGUUGAUGCUGGUGGUCAUUACGGCACGCAGGGCGGUUCAUGUGGCAGGGGACAUGCAGAUCAACCUCAAGCAAUGGGUGGCUCCAUUGGUGGCAUCCAACGCAGUGGCGGCACUCAAGGACCCUCGCUUAGAUGCACCGGAUGAUCUCGUGCUGCGCUUGGCCCGCCUUGCCCUCUCCUGCACUGCCAUGCCCAGUGCCUCCCGCCCCGCCAUGAGCCAAGUGCUGGUAGAGCUGGUGAAGAUGAGGGAGGAGGUUUUGGGAGCACAGGCAAACAGGGCUGCAUCUUACAUUGACAAUGAGAUUGACACCUCAGGUCACGAGGACUUUGAUGCUGAGAUAGCUCGUGCAGAAAACAUAGGUUCAUUGAAUUCGUCUACAAAUGUGUAGAACAGGGAUUUUCUCAUGACAAUGUCAACGUGAAUUUCUGAUUUAUAGACCUAAGGUAUUUGUUCCAAAUGCCAU